GUAAGAACGAUUUCAUUUUCCCCGAUACUGUUACGUGCGUCGCCGUAUCGGCGCCAGUGGAGUGCAAAGAGGUAGAUAAUGGAGGAGCGCGAUCCUACACGGUCAUGUGCGCGGAGGGAUAAAGAGUACGCGCAUGUAUAAUGGUGUGUGUGUACGCGUGUGACUGCGAACGCGCACUCGCACGAUACGCGGUACAUCAAGCACGUAAACGCAGGCGCGCGCGCGCGCGCUCGCGCACACGUUGAUACCGAAGCACGGGUCCCGGGCCGUGGCAGCGUGGUCGGCUAUCCCCAUAAAAGCGACGGACUCGACCGGCCUGCGAACAGUUGUCAUCGUUGGCUACAUCGACGCAACGUGUCUCUCUUCGUGCCUAAGCGCAUUUCGAGGGAGAGUCAAAGUCGAGAUCGGUAAACCGUCCCUCCGUCGGAACAACCGUCCCGUUCGUCUCUCGUAACAGAGAGGCACGAAAUGUCACGCGAUCGCGACGACACAUACCGGGCCCGAUCAGUGAAUAAUAGCCACGCCGCGAGCAGAAUUCGAAGUUCUCGGAAAAGUCUGUCGUCAGUGGCGUAACCAACGACUCUGGUACCCGGCUGACAUCUAUGGUGGAACCCAUAAACGGCUAUGAAUUUCGAAUAACAUUGAAAAAAAAAGUGGUAUUUUCAAUUUAAAAGAAAUAACCAACGAGACGUGUGAAACGGUAUUCGUUUGUAAAAAGCAACGUUUCCGAUCUAUCACCGAUCAGUCGAAAUUAUUGUUACGAAAUCAAAGGUCCUCGAAUUCUGCACACAUUUGGCUACACCACUGUUCGUCGUUCUUUCCCCAGUGAACGACACCGAUCGUCGAAUAACGAAAGUAGAAUACUGGAAUCGAUAAGAAUCGGUCUGUUAAAGAUAACGCGACGCGAUUAUCUCGAGUUGAUCGUCGUCGAAAUCGAGCCUCGCUACGUGCAUACGCGAGUUUCGCUUGGAUCGAAGAUCGUGAAAUCGAUCUCGGUGUUUCGUCGCGCUCGAAUCGACUUUGAUCGCCUCUCGGGGAUCCGCCACCGGCACGCGCUCGAAAACUAUUAUAAGAGAAGAGGAGACGAGCCGGCGAUACCGCCGAGUGUAAGCGCCAGACAGAGCGACGCUUCCACGGGCAAAGACGCGCGGUCCGGUCUCUCGUCUUUCGUGUGUAUACAUAGGACCGUCGCGUGGACAUGAUCCGCCCUUGUGCAAACUCUCGUACCCUCGCCCCGAUGCUGCUGUGUUACUCUUUUGCGACUCGAUGCUCGUACUAUGCAUAAAAACAUAAAUCCGUUAAAUUUUUCUGUCGCUUCGAGAAACUUGCCAACUUUCUGCUACGCGAACUUGAAUUUAUCUUUCUCGGCUAUUUAUUCGCGAAUUAAUUAACGUUCGAUCCAAAGUGUAAGUAGCAGAAUCUACAAAGCUAUCGGAUUAAAAAACUGUCAACGUGGUGAAGGGUUAGCGAUAAUGGGUCAUCUUUAAACGAUCGUAAUCGUUUCAGAUCCCGUCGAUUGGACACCUUUGUACGGCGAACAACCUGCGCGACGCGGCCCUGUGUAUACAAAAGCGGGCGCACACACAAUCGCGAGCGCGAGUGCACACCAAAAGACGAAAAAGCGAUCCCGUCCGUGGCGCAAGCGCCAAAGCCAGAAGCUUUUUCGAGCGAGCCAGUGCGGAGUGCCGAUGAUCGGAUACAUCGGAUUCAGUGGCGGCACGGGCGUAGAGAGCGAGUCGAGCAACAGCUUCCCACCAGUCAGUCGCUCGCGAUCGGCUAGUCAGUCACGGCAGUCACGCGCCGACCGUGUCAGACGCGCACUGGCCCGUUGCUUCGCGUGGAAAGAGGCCGGCGAGGAGGCGAAGCGAACGGUGAGAAAGGAUCCCCAGUGCCAAACGACCGAGCUAAUCGUGAAUCGCGACACCAGGAGUCGACCAGUCGUUCCGUGCACGCGCGGAAAAUCGCCCACGCAGGCGCGAUGCGGGAUUCAACGGACCUCGAGGCUCGGUAUCGUCGAUGAUCGAUUCGACGCGAACCAACGCGACAGAGCUUAGGAGAAUUCGCGAAUUUCCGUGGAUUCGCUCAAAGUCACGGUUAACCUUAUCGUACCGUGUCGAACGUACAUCGAGUCCAACCGCGAGAAAGUUCAUUUAUGACACACGCUCCUACGAACGUUUGUUCGGAAUACAAAGUGCACGCGCUGUACAGAAACACGGAUUGAAUAACGGUGAAAACGAUAUUAAUAAAAAGGUACACGGUAAAAAGAACAAGAAAUAAUAAGCAAUAUACGUAAAACGAUAAUUUCGUUAAGGGUAUAAACAUAAAGAUAGGAAUAGAGAAUGGAGAAAGAAUAUGUGUAAACAGAGACGAAGGGACGCGAGAAACGAUAUAUAUAUAUACACAAAAUAUACAACGCUAGGAAUAGAAAGAAGAUAAAAUAAGCAUUAAAUAAUACAUAUAUAAAUCGUAUAAGAAUACAAAGAUAGGAAUUUUGCCCAUCUCGUGGUCGUUGCGAGGAUCUCGAUUAAUCACUGCUCGAACAACAAUCGUUCGGUCGCGUCGACCGGCCAAGGGUCAGAGGAGAAGAAUUACGGUGAUGGUGAGACCUUAACAGUGCCGUACCAGUGCAGAAAGUUUUGUGCAGUGAACGGUCGUUAAUAGACCAAGUGCCGCGGCUCUCGACGACAGGGAGAGAGAAAAAGAGAUAGAAAUAGAAAAUACAAGCGAGACAGUGAACGGGGUAAGGUGUAAGAGAGACGAAAACCGCGCUAUAUGCGUUGAGGCAGCGCGCGCGCGCGAACGGCCCAGGGACGAGAAAGCGAAAUAGGAGAUACAAGCGAGUGAGAAAGAGAGAAGAAACGAAGAGACCGAACCGCGAUAGACCGAGAAAAGCUGUCCGAGAUGCGUUACCACGGCGGUUUGCUGUUGUCGACGCUGCUUAUCGUCGUUUCUUACCCUUCGACGCUGCGUGCGCGCAGGUUCGUGCCCUUGAUCGAAGACGACUGGGCCAGGAGGCCUCAUCGUGCCGCCGAAUGCACGUUCGGCAAGCAGAUACGGGAACUGGGCUCCACCUGGUUCGCGGAUUUGGGCCCGCCCUUCGGAGUCAUGUACUGCAUCAAAUGCGAAUGCAUUCCGGUGCAAAAGAAACGGCGUAUCGUGGCGAGGGUUCAUUGUCGUAACAUCAAGAACGAGUGCCCGAAGUUGACGUGCGACGAGCCUGUUUUGCUUCCUGGUCGGUGCUGCAAGUCCUGUCCAGGAGAUUUCAGUACGGACAUAGUGCAAGACCUUCCGGCACAGUUGACCUCGGAAGAAGAGGAACGGAGCUUGAAACACUUUGGGACUCUGUUGACGGGUAGAACGUCUCAAGCGCUGCGUCGCGACGAGCCCACCCCUACGUCCAUGUACAACAGCGCCUACAACUAUCUGGCGACGGGACGUUUCACUUUCCACCGAAAGAACCUCUACUACUCCUUCUAUUUAUCGACUGCGACACCUCGUCCACGGAGCAUCCAGUUCGUGGACGGGUCGGGCAGCAUCUUGGAAGAGCAGACCAUCGACCCCAUCGGUGGAGUCUAUCAAAACGCUACGGGCAAGUUGUGCGGCGUAUGGAGACGUGUACCUCGCGAUUACAGAAAGCUCCUACGCGAAGAGCGUCUCCACGUAUCGUUUAUAUGGGAACCAUCGUCCACCUUGACGGGACAAUUGUCCCGUUACCGUGCACUAGCCACGGAACAGUUCUCGUCGCUGCUGGAGCCAACGAUGGGGGUGGAUCGAUCCCUGAUGUCAGGCGCAGGGGCCACAGCCAUCGUAUCGGCAUCGUCGGCGUCGGCACCCUCGAUCCACGUCUCUCUAGUUUUCAACGGAGUUUUUCUACCCAACGACCUAUCGGAAGUACCUCUGAUAGUCCAGCUGGAGCACAUGGAAAAGGAUUACGUUGUGCUUCGCGAGGAGAUUAUAGUGAAGAAACCGUCGAACGAGCUAAACUUUGGCGAAGUUAGAAGCGCUUUAUCCGGAGCCGACCUGCGAUUGCUGACGCGCGGCAAGUUGUCCAUCAGCAUAAUGUCGAGAAAAGAUCCUCAGGCGUUGCGGUUGGCUGGGGUGGUCGGUCCGCGAGCUACUUGCGACAUCUACCAAACGCUGCUCCUGUCGGAGACAGCCUCCGCGGCGUCUGGGCUUGCCUGGGCGUUCUUGGACCGCGCGGGUUCGCUUCGUUACGGCGUCCAGCUGAUCGGCUUGGAAGAGGAGAAUCCUUUGGUAACUCUGGUCGACGAGGGAGGCAAGCGUCGCACGGAGCUGGAGGAUCUGACGCCAUCGUUGGUAGAUGGAUUGGCCAAUGGAUCACUGGAUCGUCCCGGUCCUCGGCUUCUCGAGCCUCUGUUCAACGGCGAGCUGUCGGUGGUCGCAGCUUCCCAUUUGGGAUCUGUGCUGCGAGGACGUCUGCUCCAGAGGCCCGUGGCGGACGCCAGAGACACCACUGCGCCCGUGUUGCUCAGAAGACCGUCGCUGGAACCCGUGUAUCCAGGUCCAGUUGGACUGGUUUGGACGGCAGUGGACCUGGACUGUUCUCUGCACUACGAGCUCGAGAUCGCUGGCUUUGCGCAAACGUCUAGCAGUCACGAGCUGCGAACCUUUCGUUUAUACUUGGAGACGAUGCCUCUGUUGGCCCAGGGGGCGCCAGUCGCCAGGAGGCUCCUGGAAGAAUUCAACGGCUACGUUCUGGAAGGUUCGGUUACAGGCUUGUCACCCGUUGAGUUGUACAGAAUCGAGUCGGGUAUCGGGUUUCUCGAGGUGACGGACAAGCAGGCCGACAGAGUCCUGAAGGCACCGUUUAAGACCAGGGCGCCGCUCAGCUGUCUUCCGCAUUACGCCGAUAACGACGUGGCGUCGGUGGUCGCGUACAAUCUCCAACCACCCCAGUCGGAUAUCGAAACGGGGGCCUGCUUUCACGAGACUAGGUUCUACGAGGAGGGCACGCAGUGGACGUCAGGGACGGACCCUUGUUCCAUGUGUCAUUGUCAUCGAGGAUUGGCCCAGUGCGACCCGGUGCCCUGUCCGGCGCUCACGUGUCCUCAGGGCAAGCAGCUCAAACCCCCCGUUGGACACUGUUGUCCCAUUUGUUCAGGUCCUGGCAUCAACAUGAACGGAACGGGGAAGAACGUCAGCUCGAUAACGAGGGGUUGCACCCUGGCUGGUCAAUUCCAUCUGGCUGGAGCGUCCUGGCAUCCCUACUUACCUCCAGUAGGAUUCGACACUUGCGCGGUCUGCACUUGCGACACGGUCACGCUGGAGGUGAAGUGUCCACGAGUGCAGUGCCCGCCAUUGGACUGCGACGAGAAGCUCGCCUUCAGACCGAGCAAGAAAGCCUGCUGCAGACAAUGUCCCGCGACGACGCCCAGCACCUUGAACGCCGCCGUCGCCGGCGACACGACGCGCUUGCCGCGGGACCAGGCGGCGCCCUCUACGAAGCGCACCGCCGAAGAGAUCCUGGCUUCCGGCGGUUGCAGGAAUCCACUCGGUGGCCCCUACGAAAACGGGAUGGAGUGGCAUCCACGCGUCCACUCGCACGGCGAGAUGAAAUGCGUAAAGUGCAGGUGCAAGAAUGGCGAGGUCAGGUGCGACAGAAAACGGUGUCCACGGGCGCUCUGCAACUCCAUCGUCCAUCAGAUGAAGCGCGGCGAUUACAUGGCGGACGCGGACGACUGUUGCACGGUGCAGUGCCGUCGAGCGAGGCGUCAUCAUCGCAACAAUCAUCAUCCGGGACGGCAUUCCGUGACGCCGCGCGAGCUCAGCUGAGUACGGCCCAACGGACGAGCCUCCUCUCCGAACUCUCCUGGUUCACGUGAAAACACGCUUCUGAGCCUUGUUUCGUAGUCGUCGAAUUCGCAAUCAGCUAUUGCUCGUCGUAGUCGUCGUCAGAACACCGAGCCAAGCGACGGACGAACCGUGGAAUCAUACGGGGCACAAGAACGCAGCUAUAAAAUUGCUGCUCAGCAAGUGAAAGAAUUGACUUGGCUGACGGAACAAGUUCCAGAAAAUAAUGGACUUAGCCAGAGGUAGAGGUUCCGAAGAAGAUUCUACUUGGUUAAGGGAAGAGGUUCCAAAUCUCGCUCUUUCAGCCGCGUUGGAGGUAUGUCGUUUUUGUAGCCCUUAUCACCUACCUCGUGGCUUUUUAACCGUUUUACCACGCGUUAAAGUUUAAGUCUUGAACGCGGCAAUGGGAAAAAUUUCCCAAGUCGUUUCUUUCACUUGCCAGAUCUUCGAAAACUCACGAGCGAGAAAAGAAAGAUACGCUGAUUCCAGAGUCUACGAAUGAUCGGGUAAUAUGGGUGUCCCAGUUCUGAAUCUGGUAGAACGUUUCCUAAAGCACGAAGCGCGCGCCAUCUGUGAUACGCCGAGCGAAUCGAAUAACGGAGAGUGGUACGCGUGGUCGAGAAAGUUUGGAAACCCUCUGACGUAGAGACGAACAGUAUUCGAGUAUCGUUCCAAGUACGAUUUCAAAAUAUCGAGGCCGUUUUUUCACGCAAGUUCAGCGUUAUUCUUUGAUCGAAAUAUAGAUUAAAAUUGUUGCGAUAGAGGGUUGAGUAUGUCCCUAUUUUGGUCCACCGACUAUGAUCAACGAAAGAGAAAGAUUCGUCGCGAUGAUGGCGCGCGCAGGAAGCCAUAAACGAUAACAAUAAGAAUAAUAUGAGUUAGAGGAAGAGAAGAUCGUUCGUCGGAUGCUAUUCUUAUAUUCCCGUCGCUUGGUCAGUUGUUCGUUCUAAUGUCUGCGGCACCCACAAACCGCGGGACCAGACGUUUAUUAAUCAAUUGGCUCUCAUCAACGGUUAAACGGACCGGAAGCCAACCACCGCUCUCUAUCUCGAGUGACCUGACACGGUGCGAGACGGCUAUUCGGGGCAGAGAUGGGGCAGAACCAUAAUUACUACUUGGUUGAAAAUUAAAACGUGAAAAUCGUUGAUGGUUGAAAAAGGUUAACGAUUAAAGGACGAUAAGGCUUGAAUUUGUAUAGAUUUAAAAUUUAUUUUUUUUUUUUUUUUUUUUUUUUACCAAACGAC